CUUUCCCGUUCAAUUGUCUGUCAUCGUUGCGGCGCGGGAGCAAUACGAUCUGAAUUGCGUAGAUCAGGAGGAGAAGCUGAAGCCAAUACAACGCCGCCAUGGAUUCUGCAGCUCGUAGGAGCGGAGGAGGCCUCCUUGAAUGGCUUUACAGAGUAAUUAUGCGCCGGAACUCUGUUUAUGUAACCUUCAUAAUCGCCGGUGCUUUUGUUGGAGAGCGGGCUGUUGAUUACGGAGUUCACAAGCACUGGGAACACAACAAUCUUGGGAAACGGUAUGAAGAUAUUUCAGUUUUGGGGCAAAGACAAUCAGAAGAAUGAUAUUCUCCCUGAAGAUUUAGUUAUGAACAAUUUGUUGCCACAAACAAGUAGUCAUCUGAUUCAUCUUUUUGGAAUAAGUUUUACCUGUUGGAUUUUGCCCCACCUUAAUUCAUAAGCAUGGUGGUGGGUGGCAUUCCAGCGUUGGUUGUGGUUUUCUUCCUGUUGAUUUGUGAAGAUUAUCAAUCAAAUGUUCUUAUUUUCACA